AUGUCUCUCACACUGAACCCUCCGUCCCCGCGCUCGGCCUUCUCCUGGGACAAUGACGACGGCAUGCAGUCUGAGCCGGACUCCGCGACAACGACGGGGUCGCCGCAGACGUCGUGGUUGCCCGAGAGCGACAUCAAGCUGUUUGGGACGCAUCCGAUGUCGGCCACGAGCGAUAUCGGCGUCGUGCGAUGUCCGACGUGCAAUAAACCCCUGCUGAAGAGCGUUAUCGCUGAUCAUGCCGCUGCGAAGCAGCCAGCGUCGAAGCCAAAGCCCGCUGCAGAAACCCAAGAGAAGAAAUCGCACAAGAAGCGUAAAGCCUCCCCCGAGCCCGAAGCCGCAGGCCCCUCCAAGAAGAAAGCCAAGACCUCCACCAAGCCCAUCAUGCGCCGCACCAAAGGCCCCAUCAACCUCGACCAGCAAUGCGGCGUCAUCAACGACAAGGGCCUCCAGUGCUCGCGCUCCCUCACCUGCAAAUCGCACGCCAUGGGCGCCAAGCGCGCCGUCGAGGGCCGCUCGAAGGACUAUGAUGUCCUGCUCCUCGAGUGGCAGCGCGAACACAACCCUAACUUUGUCGAGCCGGUGAAGAAGGAGCGCGGCCCGAGCAAGAAGGAAAGGAAGGAACUGGAGAGGAAGGAGAAGCAGCGGCUGGCGGCGGAGGCGGCUGCUGCUGGGCUGCCGAACCCCAAUACGAAGAAGAAAGCGGCGGCGGCGGCGACGAGCGCGCCGAAGAAGAGCAAGAAGGCGCAGGCGGCAGCUGCAGCGGCGGCGGCGGUUGUGGCGAAGGAGGACGCGAAUGAAAAUCUGGAAGACCUCGACUCGGAGACGGAGGUGGAUGAACUCGUGCGCUCAUAUAGGGCCGCGCGGGAGAGAGGCAUCAUAGGUGUACCUCUCGCAGUCCCCGGCGAUGCGGGGAUAUGGUUCGUGCAGCGCCGCGAGCGCGCUCGCUGCUGCCAUGAUCUACUUGCGAGCGCACUGCGCGGGGACGCGAAGAAUGGCAUGGGCAUCAUGGGCACUGCUGUCCGUCCUUGA